GAACAGCCUGCAUCUCAAGGAACACCGAAUCACGGACAGCGCUAGCAAGGAGAAUAUCCAGCCGCCUUAUAACUGAACUUCCAUGCGUAAGGCGGGCUCGGAGCACGGGGUUGCGGCACGGCGCCGCCUCGCGGCCUGACCCGGUUUUAGCUCGUAAGCCUCUGCGUAAGGCUCGUACGACUGGAGUCGGGCAGGCCCGGGAUGCCAGGCCUGCUCGGCCUGUGGCUGCAUUUCAUAUAAGGCAGUUUUAGGGAAGCUCGAAGGAUGUAAUCCGUGUGGUCUUUCAUCAACACGGCAUUAGGCGUUGGUCUAGGGAAAGGGAGCCACACAAAUUAACUGAGGAUGGGCUCAACCACCGGUACGGGCCCGGCGUUGGCACUGGCGCUGCUGGCAGCCGUGGUCUUCACCGCGCAUGCAAACUCUCCGAUUGACUCUUUCGAGCCGCUGCUCAACGUGACGAGUCUGCAGGACCGGCUCACGCAGCCAAAGCUCAUCGCAGAGCUUGGUGCAGGAAUCGACGGCAUUCGGUUGCUGCUCACUCGCGCAAACUCGCUGGGCCCCGGCCUAGAGAACUGGCGCCAGCCCGCCGCCAACCUUAGCACCGCCCCAGGCCUGCAGUACCUCGCUUCCGCCGUGCAGCCGGUACCCACCUGCCUACAUCGCCUUCUUCCCGGCUGUGGGCCUGGUCACGCCUGGCGCCCUGGCUACUUCUACUUCUGGCCCUCCGACACCAACACCUGGUGGCACCAGGCCUCCUCCUUCAAGCCCGGCAGCACCUUCUCCUCCUUCAAUGGCGGCACCUUUUACUCCAGUCUGUGGUACUCGCUUGCGGAGGGCCCGGUCGCCAUCACCACCCCCGACUUCACUGCCGAGAACUUCUGGACCAUCAACUUCUACGACAUCUACACCAACGCCUACCACACGGCGGGCUCGCCCUACGGCAACAACGACGCCUCCACCUUUUGGAUCGUGCCGCCCGGCUGGGACGACACCGCACCCGAGGGCACGCUCGUGGUCCGCUCGCCCACCGUUGAGGGCUACCUGCUGGGCCGCACCUUCGCCUUCCCCGACACAGCCGCCGCCGCCGAGUUCAAUGUUGGCUGGGGCGCCGAGGCGCCGUUCUCGCUGCCGCGUGCCAUCAAGUUCGCCUACCCCGAGGCUUCUGGGGCCGCAAGCGAUGUCGACGCUGCGGACCCCCUGCAGUUCUGGCGGAUUGCGGGCGAGGUGUUCCGCCGCAACGGCGCCCCCUACGUGUCAGACCCGCUCAAGCGCCUGCUGCCCAGCCUGGGGCUGUGGGAGGAGUACGGUUUCGUGCAGGCGUCCCUGAGCCCCCUGGCCCGCGAUGCCCUGAAGGCCGCUGCCUACUACGCUCACCGCAUCCUAGUGGCCAAGUGGACGGAGGUGGGGGGCGCCGACAAGAACUACUGGAACGCGCCCUGGAACUGGGGCCACUACGGCUCCGACAUCGUCACCGCUGGCUCUGUUCACAAGUUCUUCCCAAUUGUGAACCGCGCCGUUGACGCUCUCUACUACUUCAUCUUUGUUGACUCUGACGGCGAGGUGCUGGACGGCGCGGCCGAGUACGACAUCUCCUUCCCCGCCGCCCCGCCCAUCGCCGCCAACUCCUUCUGGUCUCUCACCACCGGCGCCGUGGGCGCCACCACCGGCACGCUGGCGGGCCUGCCGCCGCCAGGCGUGGUCAACCCCAGUGCCGGCGCGCUGCCGGUUUGGGCAGACAACGCUCCCGACGCCUACUCGCUGCCCAACGGCAGCUGGCCCUUCCGCGUGCGCGGCUCCGUGCCGCCCGCCAACACCACCGCCAGUAGCCGCGGCUGGAACGCCGUGGUGUCGCCGCCCUCUGGCGCCUACUACAUCACCCUGCGCCUAUACGUGCCCCUGCCUGAGGCCGCCAGCGAUGCCUACGUGCCACCGCCGGUGGUGCGCCGCCGCUCCGCCGCGCCCGUCACGCCGUCUGCCGGCACCCCUGACAAGUCGCCGUCGCAGUCGCCGUCGCCGUCGCCGUCGCCGUCGCCGUCGCCGUCGCCGUCGCCGUCGCCGUCGCCGUCGCAGUCCCCGUCGCCGUCGCCGGCUGCUGGGGGCCCGGCGCGCCACCGCCGCCAGCUGUAGGCGUCUCUUAUUGACACCAUGUGUGUUUCUCAGCAGUUACACAUGCUAGGUACUGUAUACAUACAUAGCAGAGUAUAAUUAUUGCGAUCGCGCGCGUGCGGCUAUGUGGAAUGAAAGUUACAAGACAUGAUCACGCCGGUUGGACACAUUCCGCUGGCGAGUGUGGGCUUUAUAGUAUAUCAAGCAAGAAGGUACAAUAUGCCAUGUAGGGGGAAUGCGUGUAUGCUUAUGAGUGGGCCAGUGCCCAUGUGUGUUUGUUCACGAGCUGUGUUGUUGAAGUUAGUAAGAAUGCAUGGGUGGGGAUGAUGUGCGCAAGCAAGCCGGACUAGAUGUGGGAUGCAAGCCGCGACUUUGCGAUGUGAUGCAGUUGUACAAUCACAGCGAUAUAUACCGGGCGUACCAAGCACACAGGUGCUUCGUGCGGGAGCGCAGCAUCUGCACGAGUUGAGCUGUAACGAGCCCGUCAA